AUGGAAAUUGAGGAAUUGAUUAUAAACUUGAAAGAAUCGCAUGUAGGACAGAAUGAGAUCGAUUUGCAAGCAAUAAAGAAACAACUCAUACAGACGAUCUGCCCGAGUAACAACAACAACAACAACAACAGCAACAACAACAACAACUCUUCAACACCUCUAUCCACGCCCAAACUUAUAUCUUCACAACUCGCCGGCACCGUUAAGAACGGAGAAAGGCGCACGUCCAUAAAGCCGGAUGACAACAACGAUGGAUCUGGCUUACUGUUCAAUACUACAGCCACGACGAGCUCUUAAUUCGCCGAUUAGAAUUUUACGUUAUCUAUUCGGAAUUUCUUUUAACCAGAGUUGAAGCACACAAUCAGUCGCUAAAUUCUCGCAUAUUUAUAUUAGAUGUAUUAUAGAGUACAAC